UUUUCUAUUUACAAACAUGAUAAAUGUCACGUGAAUAGCUGUCAGAAACAGAAUACUGAAGAUCUUACCUUGAAUGGAGUAAUUUUGAUCUUUAAAUGACUAGAAUUUGACUUUGAAUUGAGUAAUUUUGUUCUUUAAAUGAAUAGAAUUUGAAAAUCCGUACGAUAAUUUAAAAAUAUGAGUUUACGGAGCAUAUGUGUUUUAAGUAUAGCUAAAGAGGAUUGCGGAAAAGUGUUGCAUUAUAGGACUUUUCCUACUGUCGAGAAACGAUGUAAAAUUCUACAUGCAGAUAAGUAUAUUCCUAUUCCAUCACCACAAGUAUUUGUAAGCAGUUUGUUAGUCAAGCUGGGUUUGACACCUGAUGCAAAACAGUUUGUAGAAAGAAGAGAUAAAUGCUGGGGAACUAUGCAGUUACCUGUUAUUGAAAUCCAUACUGGGAAACAUGAAAUAUGGCCUGUUGUUGCUGUUGCUCAGAAUUCUUUUCUUGUUUGUUGCUUACCAUUAGUUGAAAAAGUGAUAGAAAGAAAGGGAAAUCUUUUACAAAUACCAUCUGUAUCGGUUGGAUUUUCUGUGAUAUUAGGAAUUUUAAAUUUCAUAAACAGUGCUCCAAAUGCUGAGCAUAAGAUUUCACGUUUCAUGGAGCUGGAUAAUUUUUUAACUUUGAAUAUGCCUUUUGGAACUCCAUCUGAUGUUGACUUAUCUUCUGCAUCAUACAUAUACAAUUUUCAAUCUCCACAGUAUCUGAAAAAGCAACCAGCAUGGAAACCAUUUGAUUAUAAAGGGAAACAGCAGAUACACUUUAGCAUUUUAGAGUUUGUCCGAUGCAUGCAAAGUGAUCAGGCUGGAAACAUUUGCCAUUUUGAAAUAUUUGGUCAAGUCACGGUAAAAGCAGAUUUGGAAGGAGCUCUAAAUACUGUAAGCAUUUCUGUUAGCAGUUCUGAUCCUGCCCGUCCUCUACUCUUAGACUCACUUGUUAUUCAUCCAUGUGUGGAAAUUCAUUGUGACCCUUCUUCACCAGCAUCAUCUUUAUUGAGAAGAUUACGGUUUUCACCUCCAUUGCAUGAAUUUAUUCUCUUCCAUUACUGUUCUCCAGAACCGAAAGAACCUCCUGUUCAAGGAGUGUUUAAAAUGUUGGGAGAAAACCCAGUGGAACUGUUGGUGCAGUUAAAACUGAAUGAAUAUAUGAGAAACAAUUUUGAGUUUUUUGAUGUAAUAAUUGCAUUUUUCAAUCGAGGACCCGUGAAGAGCAUUGAUUUUAAUAUUAAUUGUGGAGCACCAAAAUUGUCUGAAGAUAAACAUACAUUAAAAUGGAGCAUUGGUACGAAGUUCCCAAAAGAUCUCGAAGCAAUGAUCACUGCAAAAUUAGAAUUCCAUGACAAGCCAAUUUUACGUAAUAGUGAUCCUUUUUGCGUGGACAGAAAUUGCUAUGCACAAAUUAAUUUCAAGCAAAAUAACACAAUUCUUAGUGGAUGUGUUAUUGAUCCAAAAAAUGUCACUUUGUCUCAAAUGAGCAAGGCAAAAAUCAUAAUAGAUCGAAAUGUUCAGUCAGCAGAGUAUCGUAUAUGGAAUAUGUAUGGAGAUCUGCCCUUUCCUGUAAAUAUUUCUAAUAAAUGCAAAAAGCUUUUUAAUUAAUUAA